UGUAAGAUGGCAGCGCCCAUUGUAGAAAAGUUUGUGAAUGCAUGUAUUUUAAAUCGGAAAUGAGUGUCACUAUUAUACAUUUCUAUCAAGUAACUUCUCAUACUGUUGCAAAAAUUCUAACAUUUGACCUGAAUCGCAGGAACUUGACAUCCUGCCUCUAGUUAUAUUGUAAUACAUUUUCAGGUAUUUAGUAUAAAGCAUUCAUCAUGCUACCAUAUUCCAAACUGAGCUGUUUGGGACGAAGCAGAGGUUUGUUAAAAUCACCUCUUCAGAAACAAACGUCACUGCGUUUCUUCAUGAGAAAUAAAGAUAUAAACUCCUCAGGAAAAUCCAAGCGCCUGGAGAUCGCCCCAAGAGUGGAGCCACAUGGGGGAAUGUCAGAUGUCAGCUUUAAAAAGCUGCUGAAACCCUUGGCAUUUACAGUUGUGUUCUCGGCAGGAAGCUUUGCUGGCUGUGCAAUCUGGCAAUAUGAGAACAUGUUGACAAGAGCACAGCAGUUCGCACAGCGAUCGCAGGACAUGUACACAGACAGGUUUCCUCGUUAUAAGUUCAGCUCCCUCAGGCAACGGGUGAACAGGGUGUGGAACAGUCUGUCCGAGGGUCAAAAGGUGACCACUGCCAUCAUAGGAAUCAACGCACUUGUAUUUCUUGCAUGGAAAAUUCCUCGGUUCCAACCAGCGAUGGCAAAGUGGUUCUGCUCGAAUCCAGCCUCAAAAGCCAUGUGCCUACCGAUGGUCUUGUCUAGCUUCAGCCAUUUCUCGGUUUGGCAUUUAGCGGCCAACAUGUAUGUCCUGUGGACAUUUUCCACUACCAUAGUGAAUAUUCUAGGAAAGGAGCAAUUCUUAGCUAUGUAUCUCAGCGCAGGUGUGAUAUCAAGCCUAGCAAGUUACCUACACAAGACAGCUAUAGUCAGACCUGGCUUAUCACUUGGGGCUUCUGGAGCCAUUAUGUCGGUGCUGGGAUCUGUCUGCACACAGAUACCACAAGCUCAGCUUGCCAUCCUCUUUCUUCCCUGGUUCUCCUUCACUGCUAGCAGUGGAAUUAAGGCAGUGCUAGCAUUGGACACAGCAGGCGUAAUGUUAGGCUGGCGAGUGUUUGACCAUGCUGCACAUUUGGGUGGUUGUCUCUUUGGCAUAUGGUACGUGAAGUAUGGUAGUGAUUUAAUCUGGAAAAGGAGGGAGCCCCUCAUGUCCCAGUGGCACGCGUUCAGACAGCGGCCGAGAAGUUAAAACUUCACCGUUCAGCGAAGCUUUCACGGAAGACGUGCAGAAGGAAGUGACCCGCCGAUGAAUUAACGGAGGCUGCUGUGCUCCAAGCUGCCAUUUUAAGACCGGGAAACAUCUGAAAUGAUGAAGUGCUCCGACAUGAGAGAAGAAAUCGACUGACACUGAUAACCAGUGUAUACAUGUGCAAACUACCGUGAUGCUUAGUCGGAAACAGGAAAUCUAACAUUUUCUAUCCAUUUACGUGAAAGCUGCAGUCCUUAUUUAUUGUGAAGUGAUGAAAGUACAUGUGAGUAAUUCUACAGAGAUGGUAUAUCACAAUGUACUAGUGAGAUGAGUACGAUCGAAACGUUUUAUUGUACAGACAAGUUGAAAAAAGUGAAUGUAAGAACUCUUGUCAAUAUUAAACAAGUGACUGUUGGCUUGGAUUGUGUACAAACACA